CCUCUGUCCAUCAGCACCAGAGUUUGCUUCAUUUCGUGGCUGCUUCAUAAAGCGCAGAGUAAGUGCAAGCCUGCGACACAACGCACCUGACUGACUGCCUGACUGACACCCUUCACCACUCCAACUGCCCAAUGGGUGUCCCGGUGUUGUUGGUGGCGCUUCUGACGCUGCAGCGGUCGUGGACGGCGGCCGUGCGCGGCAGUCCGGCGAUCGUGGGCGGCAGCUCGUUGCCGAGUCCCCCGCAGACGGUGUCCUCGGAGGAGGUGACCACGACCCUCGGCAACUACAACUACGACCGCGUGCUCGAGCUGUCGCUGCUGUUCUACGAGGCCCAGCGUUCGGGACACCUGCCCAAGGACAACCGCGUGCCCUGGCGCAGCGACUCCUGCCUCAAGGACAGGGGGCAGCGCGGAGAGGACCUCGAGGGUGGAUAUUAUGACGCCGGCGACUUUGUCAAAUUCGGCUUCACGAUGGCGAGCACAACCACUCUGCUGGCCUGGGGCAUGCUGUCCUACCGAGAUGCAUACGAAGUUGCAGGUCAGCUCAAGUACGGCAGGGCGGCCAUCAAGUGGGCCACCGACUACUUCAUCAAGUGCCACGUCAGCCCCUACGAGUUCUACGGGCAGGUCGGCGACUUCAACCUUGACCACACUUUCUGGGGCCGGCCCGAGGACCUCAACAUGACCAGACCCUCUUACAAAAUCGACACCCAACACCCUGGAUCUGAUCUUGCUGGAGAGACCGCAGCCGCCUUGGCCGCCGCAUCCAUGGUUUUCAGGACAGACAAGCCUGACUACGCAACCAAGUGUCUGAACCACGCCAGGCAACUCUACCGAUUCGCCAGCCAAUACAGAGGACUCUACCACGAGGCCAUCAAGGGGGCACAGCAAUAUUAUGAAUCAACCGACUAUGGAGAUGAACUGACCUGGGCUGCAGCCUGGCUUUACAAAGCGACCAACGAGUCUCAGUAUUUGGACGAGGCCGAGCACCACUACAUGAAGUUCCGACUGAAGGAGAGACCCAAUGAAUUUUUCUACAACAAAAAGGUGGCUGGCGUGCAAGUUCUGCUUGCCCAACUAACCGGGAAAAGUGAGUACUUGGACGCGGCAAAGGCAUUCUGCGACUUCACUGUGCACUACCAAAAGCGCACUCCGAAGGGUCUGGUCUACAUCGACAAGUUCGGAACUCUUUGUCACGCCGCAAACGUUGCGUUUGUUUGUCUCCAGGCCGCUGAUACUGGAUUGUCACCCAACAAGUACAGAGACUUUGCCGUGCAGCAGAUUCAUUACAUGCUUGGAGACUCUGGCCGCAGCUUCAUUGUUGGCUACGGAAAGAACUCGCCUAAGCAGGCCCACCACGCAGCAAGUUCUUGUCCUGAGAAACCCGCUCCUUGCGGUUGGGAGGCUUUCCACCGUUCUGCCGCAAACCCGCAAGUGCUGAACGGCGCCCUGGUCAGUGGCCCGGAUGAGAAUGAUUACUACAAGGACAACCGGGAAGAGUAUGUGUACAACGAAGUCACCCUCGACUACAACGCAGGCUUCCAGUCGGCUGUGGCCGGAUUACGACAGCUCUUGCUUGACAAGCAGAGACACUAGAAAUCUCCUGGACAUUUUUUCAGCUCAACGACACAUGCAAACCGUUCUCUCCUUCGAACUCACUGUACAAACCAAAAUCCACUCAAAAAACUACGUCGAAGGAGACAAUUUCUGGAAAAAUAUUUUAACUAUUUUGACGGGAGAUGAAAUUAAUAUUUUUUUUUUGUCAAUUUGUACAA